AUGACUUCCAAGCCUGAAUCAGUCUCUGGCGGAUGUCUGUGCGGCUCCAUCAGAUACAAAUUGACAUUUCCCGAGGGUACUUGGCCAGCGAAUGCAGCCACCUGUCAAUGUACAAUGUGUCGCAAAUGGACUGGAGCGUUGGUCUCUCAUGACCUUCUCAUCCACCCGUCUCAACUUGUCGACGACAUCACCAAGAGCCCAACCUACAAGGAAUACCAAUCAAGCGAAACAGCUGUCCGGUCUUUCUGUUCUCAAUGCGGAAGCGGCCUUACCUGGCGAAUUAUUGGAAUGAACGACAUGAUAGUCCUCAUGACGGGCACCAUUGACGAAGAAGCAUUGAUUGGCAAGAAAAUCGAGGGUAGCGAGCAGGGAACCGAGUUUGGCAUCAAGUUCGAUCGAGAAGGUGGACUUUACAAGGGGCUCUGUACGCCGAACAUGGGUAACUUGUUCUGGAACAAUGUGAUUCCUGGAAUCACUGAUCAUGAUGUGGCAGGGACCAAAUUCUUGCAAUCGUUUCCGCAAGAAUGA